AUGGAAGACGGCAACCCGGUGAUAGUUGCAGUGGAUGGAAGUGAACACAGCAAGAAAGCCUUUGAAUGUAAGUUAUACAUGAUUACUAGACUGUUCUUUGUCAUAAUUUCUUUUGUAUUUCAAAAUGCUGUACGAAAUUUCGGGAGUUUAAUAAUUAAUGUUGAUCACGAAAACGUGCUUCGUGACAUGAAGUUUGCUUUUUAUUAAAUUUGCUUCUUUUAUUCCGCAAAAAAUUCAUGGCUCCGAUUAGCUUAACGUAUUUGGGUGAAAACGUAGAGUUCGUAGAUAAAAAUGUCUUUCCUUCUCUUCAAUUUACUCGCUAGACAGAUCAGACUUUACCAGUUUAAAAGUUAUAUACAGGUAACUUACUUUUUUUCCCUGAAGCAGCCAAAAAAGGGAAGCUAAUGCGCUAAUUUGAGGGCUUAGAUUCUAUUCCUUCCAUCAUAAGAGGCUGUGAAUAUUAUAAACACUGACACAGUGCACUUCAUUAAGUUCACUACCCAGACUCCAGGCCGGGGCCAUGUUGGAAAACAAGAAUACUCUGGGGACAAGGUUGCGGGAAGUUAAGGAGGCUCGUACCCAUUUUUCUAGGUCUCAUCCCUUUGUGUUUGAUGCUUCACAACUUUGGCCGUAGAGCAAGUACGGAAAAGCCAGAAAGUGAAACAUGUUUAACAUUGAACUUACUUUUAGGUUAAGUUUUGUUGACAUUCCUUCUUUCUUAGCAACAGAAUAACGAUGACAUGAAAUUUACAAAUUGGGAAUUUUCUCAAAAUCUAGCAAAUAUAUUGUUUCACUUUGUGGCUUUUCUGUAGAUGCUUUACAGCCAAAGUUAUGGAGCAUCAAACACGCAGGGGUGAGACCUUGAAAAAUGGAUGCAAGUCUCCUUAAAACUGGUGCAUCAGAAAAUUUGCAGUUCUGUGUCCACUUCAUUAAUUUAUGGGGAGCUCCACCCCUCCAUUGCUUGGGUAGAUUUAGAGGUAGUUAGGGGAGGUAGGAAAGGAGCUGCAGCUCUCCCUUUGGUGUUUGAAUAUAAAUUUCAUUUAUUUGGACUAGUGGGACAGUUUGGGACCAAGCAGAGAUCAUGCAAUGCCUGUGUUGCACAAAAUAUUGUAUUGCAGAGGUCAUGAAACUAAACAUAGCCAACAGAUAAAAUAUUUUAGUAGAAAUACGGCAUGAAUCACAGAACCUCGCAAAGCAAACAAAAAAACAAAUAAAGAAAAAAAAAGCAAAACAACAAUGACAAAAAAUAGUCCUCUUAGAGGACAUGAACGUACUGGCAUUCAGUAGCCUGUGCUCCAGUAAACAAGCGCAGAAAUUCCAUACUGAUGACUCGUCACUACCCAGAUCUGGGUAGUGACGAGUCAUAAGUAAGGAAUUUUGGUGCUCGUUUCUCAGAGAUGUUAUUUUGUGGGAAAACCUGCAGUGGUGGCUUCGCGAAAUGUCGUCUGUUUUCUCCUAAUACAGUAAGCUUUUGUAAAGUACAUUUCAAUCAAACCAAUAAUUUUCAUUGGGUAUUGACAUUAUGCCUUUCUUGUUCCAUCUUGCAUAAAAGUUUUCAUAGUAUUAUUAUUUGGAAAUAAAUCAAUGAACUUAUAGCUUAUAAUUUCUACUUUCAGGGUACUGUGGAAAUUAUCACAAGCCAGAUGACCAGAUUGUUUUUGUACAUGCCAUCGAUUCUGACAAAAGACCAAUCAUUAUGCAUCCCCGUAUGUAUAUAUAUUUGAGAAUAUUAUUGAGCUGUAGGAUGGUGUUUCUUUUAAUUUUUACAGCAUUAUUUUGAAUUUUUCUUAGAUGGGAUGUCAUAUCGUGAAAGUUACACAAGUUGGUUUGAGAAGUGCAAAAGUGAUGAAGAGCACAUGAUGAGCUCAUUUGCUGACAUUUGCAGAAAUAAAAAGGUACCAUUAAACCCUAAAGUGGGUAAACUGUGGAAAUUUGGGUGGGUGCAGCAAGGAGUGAGGAGAGAGAGCUGUAUUUGCAGGCUAUGGAUCAGGCUACAAAAAUAGUGAAAAAUCAUUUCCAGUUUCAGGCCCAGCUAUUCUAAAUUUGUUUAAGAGAGCACAAAUGCUUAUACCCAACACCUGACCAGAAUCGGUGGUUAUCAAACAUUAUAUGUAGAUAAAAAUUCGGAUUUGAGACUGGAAGGAGUAAAAAACAACACAUUUUGGCACGUAUCAUUGAUAAUAAUACCCAUGCAUAAGUAGUUAAUACAAGAGUUUCGAAGCCAAGGGCUGAAUUUCUCAGUGUGUCUUGUUAUUAUAUAUUCUGGGUUAACUAUCAAAAGAGUAUGAGUCAUCAUCCUCAGCUGUGCUAUUCAUCCUUCAAACAACUUGAUGCAGAGGGUUUUGGGUUGAUCGUUUAACUGAAGUCUGGAGAUUAUGCAAUAUUUUCUUUGCAGGUACAGUUAUAAGGUCCCCUUGGUGGACCUUAUAACUGUACCUGCCAAGAAAGCUGAGCAUUUAAUUCACAUGGAUUAAAAGUGUAGAGAAAUAGUGAAGACAGAACCGCUUUAAUUUAUAUUUCUUUAGUUUGAAGAUGUAGUCAAGAAAGUAGAAUAAUAUAAUAAUAAUAAUAAUUAUUAAGUAUUAUGAUGAUAACCAAAACAAAUGAAAACAACUCAUGGCAAUAUAGUUUAUUUUAAUAAUAAUUAUUAAUAAUUUAAUAUUACUAAACUUGAAUGAAAAAUUCGCUGCAUAUAAUACAGUUUGAACAUCUCUACAACCACAAUUCACUCUGUAAUUCACUCUUCUAUUCAGGGAUUUUGAUAUUUUGCACGGUCAUGGAGCUGAAAAAAAUUCAGGUAAAUUCACCAAAAAUGCAAAACACUGCGAAAUUCGAUAGAAAUCUUAUGAAAUACAUGUCUGUACAACAUAUUUGAAACUUGUCUCAGCUAUUGGGGCUGUCUAGUUGCUGUAAAACUUGCAAAUUUAUCUUGAAACUUUGUCACUGAAACGUGCAAAUAACGUCCCAAAACUACAUGGUGUAGAUUGUGUUGCGAAAAACUGGGCACUAGCGAUGAUGUUAAAGGCCCUGCCAUUGGUUCAUUUCUGGAGCAUAUUGUUAAUGAAAGAGCAAGUGAUGACCUCUGUUAGAAAAACGAUAAAAAUGCUGGUCUGAUCAGAACAGAACUGAUCAAUUUCUAGCGAAAUUUGCCCCCAAAAUAACCACAAAAUCGGCUGUAUUUUACUGAUUGCUUUUCACCGAAGUUUGCCCCGAAAAUUCCCGCAAAAUCAGUAGAUUUUUCCGCGAAUUUGUCCCUAAAAGUCCUGCGAAAUUUGACUUUUGUUCCCGCGACCUGUCAGAAGCCCUGUCUAUUUACCCACAGAAAUUAUAAAGAAAAUGACUUGUCUUACAUUUUUGUUACAUGCUGUCUUUGGGUCACUCUUGUAGUGCAACUAUAAAAAGUGAAAUUGAAAUUGUAUUUAUCAUUACCAUAAUUAUUAUAAUAUUAUUAUUAUUAUUAUUAUUACAUUGCAUUUGUCUAGUUUUUUUGGGACAAUACUGUCAGUGUUUUUUCUUUAUAGUGUUUGCAAAAAGAGGAUCAGGUUACAGAUGAACGAGGCCCUCUUGGGGGGGGGGGGGGGGGGGGGGGUGUUUGUGGAAAAAAUAAAAAAGUAAUAUUUUAAUUUUUUUUUUCUUUAAUAAUAUUUUUAAAAUUUUUUUUUUUUUUUUUUUUAUUUUGGGGUUUUGUUUUUUUUUUUUGGGAAAAUGUUGUUGUUUUUUUUUUUUUUUGGGGUUUGAAAAAAAAGGGAGGGGUUAAGGGGGAAGGGGGGCCUUGGGGGGGGGGGGGGGGGAAGGGGGUAUGAUGUUAAUCCCUAGUCUGAAUUUCAAAACUGGUUGUUUUGCGUUUUGAGAUGGCGGUCAUUAUCCUUUUUUCUGUGGCAGUUUCAACCAAUCUUCAUGUCGUUUGUUGCCAUUUCUUCUGUCUUUCAACGCCAUGUGACUUGCUGGAAUUUUAGCCUAUCAGGGCCUCAAUCUGAACACAAAAGCAUGACCUAACUGUGCCACUAUUGACAAAAGCUGAAAAGAAAAAGAUUGUACUAUUGUUACCAUUGGUGUCAUUAUUCAAUUCUUGUAAGCCAUUGACUUUAAUUCAAAAUGGAAAAUUAUUUGAUACCCAUGUUUGUUGUCACAUACAGUAAAUAAAAAGGCACAGUUAACAGCUGUGCUCCAGCAGUACCCAGUGGCCUGGCUCGCACCUUUUAAUUACUUUUACUCUUGGGAGACUAAGAAAUCUUAGUUUAUUCAUAGAAGUCGUAUGCUGGGGACCCUGGAUUUUAUAGGUUUAGAGUACUGGGCUCCAUUCAGGUUUUCUAAAAGCACAGUAGCCUUGCCACUGAAUAUGCAAAAUUAAGGAAAGAACACUCCCUAGCAAAUUGUAAAGCAGCACAAAUAAAUGAAUCCAAACUGGUUUUGUUCUGUUUAACUGUUACUAGAUGAACUUCAAGCUGGUUACAGAUGUUGGUAGACCUGGAGAAGUGAUUUGUCAGACCGCAAAAAGAGAAAAAGCCAAUCACAUUGUGAUGGGUAGUCGAGGAUUAGGGACUGUACGACGCACACUUCUUGGUAGCGUUAGUGACUACACUCUACACCAUGCUACUGUCCCAGUUUCAGUGGUGCCACCAUUGUGCCAAGAUUAG